AUGACGACUAACUAUUUGGUGCCAAACACUAAACCGAUUAAUGGAAAUGUGUUUCAUUCAUUCGAAAAGAUAAAUGAAAUAUUCGCGAAGAAUGAUGGUAGAAGAUAUUAUAGAGAACUUGAAAGUUCAUGCUAUGACUCUGAUACUCCAUAUUUUGAUGAUAAACAAACUCAUUUAAGAAUUACAAAUCCAGCUCAUGAUGUGAACCAAUUAGGUGACACAUAUAUUAAACGCAAAGUUAAAGCAACUCUAGUUUCAAAUAAAGCUUUCACAUGUGAUGCCGCUUUUAAAUGCAUGCGUUUAUUCGUUGGUUACAAAUCAUCAAAUCAAAGCUUUAAACAAUUAGAAGUAGAAACCGAAAGAGGUGAUGCCGGUUAUCUUCAGAUGGAUUGCGCCCGUGAAUCUUUCGCAUUUGCAACAUAUAAACCAAAAUCAGAAAGGAAAGUUAAAAAGUUUGUUCAUUCGUUAUAUAAUAAUGUUCAAAAUAUGAUAACUCAGUAUGUGGUAAAUAUAUUGACCCUUCAGAAGUUUUCAAGAAAGCAAAUGAAGAA